AAAUUUCUUCACGAUGGACAGUCUUUUGGCGCCGAUCCAAGAAGCCCUGGAAGGACAAAUCGACUUCCAGGGUCAGCGCAUUGCAGAGCUCCUUUCUACCGUCCUUCUGAUCAUCUCGGGUGCUCUGGCGUUCAUUGUUGGAUACAUCUUCCAAGACAUCCACCUAACCCUCUGGGUUGGACUGGCGGGCGCAUUGGUUACUGGGUUGGCUGUCAUCCCACCUUGGCCUAUGUACAAUAAGAAUCCCGAAAAAUGGCUGGUUCCUUUGACGGCGGGCGUGGGAGGUACAGGAGUCGUGAUAGAUGGAGUUAGAGUUGCGUGAGGCAGAGCUUUGGGCUUUGAAGGUGUUAAUUUGAUAUCCUGGAAUCGAUCACAACUUGUCCGCUUGCACAUACACAACCCAAACCUGUAUGGAUUUUUAAAAAGCCGAUGCUGAGAACUGCGAAACGAACCACAAACGCCAUAAAGAGCCCUCCCUUCGGGUUCUACCCUGCCGGGAUACUGUAAGACAUGGAGGUGACCCGCCCAUAAUCGAACCCUGCAAUCUUGGACAUGUUUUUUACCGGCCGUAUU